AUGUGGGAGGAAUGCCUGCCGUUCCCCCUGGAUCACGUUACGGAGGACCACAGCCUCAUCCUCCGAGUGCUGGACAAGGACAUUGGCCAUUUCAACUCCUUUCUGGGCACGGUGUCCCUGCCCGUGAGGGAGGUGCUGGACAACAUCCUGAUGCUGGACCAGGAGAAGGUGUACAGGCUCCCUCUGUUGGACCGUCAGAACCAGAGCCGCAAGAAGGGGGAGCUGCAGUUUGGGGUGGCGGUGGUUGCAAAGCAGAAGUACAAGGAGAUGCGCGGCUUCAUCUCCUCCCUUCAGGACCCCGACACGGUGCACAACAGUCUGAAGGACUACUGCCUGCACCUGAAGCUCCACUCGCUGAAGGAGCUGGGGGAGCGGGGGGGAAAACGAACCGCAGACGGUGGGGUCCUCGGUGCGGGAAUGCUGAGCUCGCUGGUGAUCGAAGUCACCGUGUGUUCGUACACGGUUCGCAAGCCCUUGUCGGGUCAGCUGGUGGGAGGGGAGCUGGACCCUGAGGGGGUGGAGCUGGCGGUGCCUCUGGGGGCGGCAUUUCGGGACGGUGACGUGCUCAAGGGCAAGAACCGGGCGCAGUUCGGUGAGGUCAAGGUGGAGCUGCUGUCCGGUCGCACUCGACUCGCCAAGACCCAGGUGCCCAUUUGGGAUGUGCCUGUGCGCCCCCUGACUCCCCCUGAGGCUGAGGCUGAGGGUGAGGGUGAGGAAGGCAACAGCGGCAGCAACAGCGACAGAGAGGAGGGUCAGCAGCAACAGGAGAAGUGCAAUUCGAGGGUAAGCGCCUUGGGAGCGGGUCUGAGCCUGGUUUCGGAGCUGGCAGCUGCGGCGGCUGCAGCCAUCUCUGGGGGCCGGGGUUCCUCCGAGAUAGGCUCGGCGGCGCCGUCACCAGCUACAUUGCAACAGUCCACCUCCCGCACGUCUGCCGCUGCCAAAGACGACUCCCAGCUACCCCUGCCCUCCCCGACCAAGGCCACCCCCCCCGGCGCCACACCCCCGGCACCACCCUCCCCGAGCACCUCCGCCUCCCCGCUUCCGCUGUGGUGCGGUAAGAAGUACACUCGGCGAAUGGAGCGCUUGGACCGAGCUCUCAAUCGCAGUCCGGUGGCGGUGAUCAGCAUGCAGCUAGUCAAAGCGGAGCCGGGGGAGUCCUACGAUGGCGACUCGCUUGCGGCCGGGAGUGUCGGCGCGGCCGCCGCCGCCGCCGGAGGCGCUGGCGGCGGCGUUGGUGACGUGUUUGACGGCGCUGACGUGGACAGUCCGGCGGAGCCGCUGGCUGUUCCGUCGUUUGACGGGGGGUUGGGCGUGGCGGAUUUUGUCGUGGGUGUGGGACCUCUGGCGCUGCUCAAAAUGGUGUACGGCGAGGGGUCGGAGUUGGCUGAGAGGGUCGGGAACGUGGAGAAAAUCACGGGAAUGAAGGCGGGACCUUGGGGCCCCGACCCGGAAGGGAAGGCCUUAUGCAUGCGGGACAUGUCGUACAUGAAACCCUCCCCAGUGGGCCCUGUGGCCGUACAGUCACAGCAAAAGAUCAUGAUCAAGCACAAUGGCGGGUUUGUGGUCCAUCAGGCGGUGAUCCCCCACGUGCCGUCCGUUGGGCCAUGUGUGCGAGUGCUGGGGCAGAUCGUGGGGCAGCAUGUGGGUCCCAGCAGAACUCGGUUGAUAGCAGCAGUCAAGCUGGAGUGGUUCAAGAGCGGCAUGAUGGUCCAAAUGCUCAAGGGCAAGAUCGAGGACGGCACCCCCAAGGACACUCGAAAGUACUUCGACGCGCUCAAAGGCGAGCUGGCGGCAAUGUACGCCGUCGAAGGAGCGGCCACAGCGGCCGGGGCCGGCGGGUGCUCGGGCGCCGCCGUCGCUGCCGCGGCGUCCUGUGGGGACUCGGGCCGCGGCGGAGCCGCUACCGCCGCCGUCACCGCUACCACCGCCGUCGCCACUUCCGACGGCGACGGCACCAUCAGCAUCGUCCGGCUGCUUCAGCUUGCAUCCCGCUCGCCCCCCUGGGUCGUUGCGGUCUUGGUGUGUUGGCUAGUGACGCUGGUGGCGUUGGUGCACCUGGUGGGCGCUGUACGGCAGGUACGUGAGGAGCUGGCUCACAGUGAGAGGGCCCUCAAGGGUGUCUUUCGCGCGCUGGAGGCGCUCAAGGAGCAAGUGGUGGCAGCGUCGGUAGCCGUGGGCGAUGGCGCUGCUAAGCCGCCUGCGUGUGUCGUACCGUGA